AAGGAACAUAGUGCAGUUAACCCAACCCCAUGAGUGUCCUUUACAUCUUCCUUAUUUGCCUUUUUAGUAUUUGGCGCAAAAACCCUACUGAAAGUGAAGCUCUCACUCUGCUACCCAAAACCAUUUCUUUCAAUUUCAAUUGAAAUUGAAAUCAAAUCAAAUCCCAAAUGGCCAAUUUUCUCAUAAGCAGAACCCUAAACUCAAUCCGAAACCGCAACCUUUUCACCUCCCUAUCAUCUCUUUCCCGCCAAUUCACCUCCGCCGCCACCGCCGCUGCCGAGCAACCCCAAUCCGACGGCGGCGAGGGCUCCACCUUCACCUUCUCAUCGGACGGCCAAGAACACAAACCCAAUCACGAUGACAGCAUCCAAAUCAAACCCAAUUCCUCCAAACGCGAAACGGCGUCGUCUUCGGUGACGAUGCCGAUGUCGUUCAUGACGGGGUCGGUGGUGGGGAAGAGAUUCUACAACCAAGUGACGACGAGGAAGGCCGACGACGGGAAUGGAUGGACGGUGAUGCUUGAUUACCGGACGCUCAAGACUCCGUCAAAGAGACCCUUAAAGCUUCCGACUUUGGGUUUGGCUAAGGCCAUUGCUGCUGAGUGGGAAUACCAGGAGACAGAUGGGAUUAGGCCGUUUACGAUGCCUCUCAUGAAGCUUGCUUGCACUGCACUGGAAAGAGUUCCUAUCACACGGCAUAAGGUUAUAGAAUUUUUGAUAAAUAGAUUCAAUCAAGAUCUAGUCUUUUGUCGUGCCCCAGAUGACAACGAUCUGACAAGCGACAUCCAUGAACGGCAAGUGGAAAAGAUUGAUCCUUUACUUAAUUGGAUGGAGUCUGAAUUUGGCUUUAAGCCUGUCGUUUACUCCAGCUUUUUUGGUGGAAAGCAGGACGAGGGACUUCUAAAAGCUGUAGAAACCCUACUGAAGAAAACAGAUGAGUGUGAAUUGGCAGCAAUUGAUGCUAUUGCAGGAGCAGCACACUCCCUAACAAUUACUCUUGGAUUAUUUCGUGGGAAACUGAAUAUUGAAGAAGCAAUUGAGUUGAUUAGACUUGAAGAAGAUUUUCAGGUAGACAGGUGGGGACUGGUUGAAGGUGGUCAUGAUGUAGAUAUUGCUGAUCUCAAAGUACAGAUUGCAUCGGCUGCUGUAUUCCUCGGUCUUUCAAGGAGGGUUUAAUUAGUACAUCUUUUCUCUAGUUUUUGUUCCUACCCUCUUAUAUCUUCACAAGACCUAACCUGUUGACUAGGUUUUCUUACAAUGUUUACGUUGUUAUAGAUCUGUAGAAGUUACAACACCAAGAAUGCCCAAUUUUGUGAAAUCCUGUUGUUACUUAUGAGGUCAGAUUAAACCAAAGAUGUAAUAAUCAACUCUGUUAUAUCGGUGCAAUAAAAUUAUCUUGUGAUUCUAC